AUGCCUUCUUCCUCUCUUCUUAUCGGCUCCCUUGCCGUCGCUUCUAUUGUCGCCCCCGCGGUGGCUCGCGUGCCUGGCAAGCGGUCAUCCUCGGAGAGCUACACCCUGGUCCAGACCUGGGAGGGAAGCGACUUCUUCGACUACUUUGACUUCUACACAGGCGCCGAUCCCACCGAUGGCUUCGUCGACUACCUGGACAAGGCCAGCGCAGAGAGCGCCGGCCUGGUAAACAUCACCUCCUCCGGCAGCGUCUACCUGGGCGUCGACUACACCACCACUCUCACCUCCAGCUCCGCCGGCCGUAGCUCCGUCAGACUGGAUGGCACGCAGUACUUCGACCAUGGUCUCUUCAUCGCCGACAUCCAGCACAUGCCCGGCAGCAUCUGUGGUGUCUGGCCCGCCUUCUGGACCACCGGCGAGACCUGGCCCACCGACGGUGAGAUCGAUAUCAUCGAGGGUGUUAACCUGAUGGAUUACAACGAGGUCGUCGCCCACACCGGCAACACUUGCAUCAUGAACAGCACCGACAUGACCGGCACCCUGACCAACGCCGACUGCAGCGAGACCUCGAGCACCACCGGCUGUGUCGUCGAGGGCGCCACCGGUAGCUACGGCACCUCCUUCAACGACGGCAACGGUGGCGUCUAUGCUAUGCAGUGGACCGACGACUUCAUCAAGAUCUGGUUCUUCGCCCGUGACUCCAUCCCCACCUCCAUCACCGACGGCACCCCGGACGUCUCCGCCUUCGGCACCCCUCUCGCCAACCUCCAGGGCUCCUGCGACAUUGCCGAACAGUUCCAGGCCCAGCGCUUUGUCUUCGACACCACCUUCUGCGGCGAUUGGGCCGGUGGCGUCUUCCUCGAGACCACAUGCCCCAUCAGUGACUCCUCCAGCGGUACCGCCAGCUGUGUCGACUACGUCGCUGCCAACCCCUCGGCCUUUGAGGAGGCCUACUGGGAGAUCAACUCCAUCAAGAUCUAUCAG